CAGAUGAUAAAUUAUGCAUUAAAAGGUUCCUUUGAUAUGCUGGAUGCGUCACCGGAUGUUUUGGACGAUUUUAUCUCAUGCAUUCGAGCAUUUCGACCGCGAGGUUUCUGGACACUUAUCCAUCAUAUCACUGAUGGCCUUCGUAAUAAACUAAAUGAGCAAUGGGAAAAAAUAGAUGUUGAUACUGUAUUGCGAUAUCUUGGCCUAGGUGCUCAUCAUCGAUUGCAUGAAUUAUCCUCUAAAGCUAUUAUAAUUAUUGCAAAUGUACACUAUAAGCAGUUCAUGCUUGAAUAUAAUGUCGAUUCUAACGGAUCUAAGUUAGAAAUUUACAAUAUGCUUAAGGAUAGCGAAUUACCAUUUGAAGGAAAUGCAAUUCAAAAAAUUCAAGCUGUUUAUUAUGCCGGCAAACAAACCGAAGUAUUAUUCCGGUAUAAAGUUGGACAGGAAAAAGAAAAUAUGACAAAUGAUUGUGAAUAUAUUUUAUGCGACAAUUCAAUGAUUGUCAAUUAA